UCAAUCACGUUCCUCUGUACACCUUACACGCUGGACGACAUUUUUGUGGCUUUUAUCGAGACGUCCAACCUGGCAGUUAGAUAUAUAACAAGAUAAGGACACGAUUUCGUAAAAAUCUUUUGCUGAUACGUUUACUUAUGCGCGGACGUACAAAUACACGGUGUUUGCGCAUGCAUUCUGCAGGACCGAGAACAGAGGAGGAAGGCUGGAGUUGAGUUAGUAUAACGUAAGCGAACUCUAAAGCUAACGGUGUAUGAAUAGUCUAAACUAGCCUGCAAGGAAUGGCAUUCAGGGACGCGUUAAACGCAUCGUUUCGGUUUGUUCAUACCGUGUUGUGAUUGUGCAGGAUACUGUAAAGCUGGCCUUGCUGGCGGUGUCAGAUGUAACGCUAACGGUCUAAUAGCCUAUUAGUACAUUGUUGUAAUAGAUGUGUUUACAUGCUCAAUUUCGUGUUGGCUUUGAGUGUUGAGAAGAAAUCGGUAUCGCGUUGUUGAACUGAUUUCCCGCGGCUGUUGCUCCACGCUUGCUACUUUAGCGAGGUUAUAGCUAACAGCCUACAGCCGAACCGUGCAUUCAGAAUUGUAUUUAUCACCCGAGCAUGACGGCAGAUCUGCAGAGAUGACCGUAACCGAAUAAAAAUGCGUAAUUAAGUGCUGUAGAAUCAGUCGGAGAAUGGAAAGCUCAUGGCUGUGUGCCGUUAGCUCGCUUCAGCUCUCAUAGGCCACGUCGCCUUGCGUGUUGAUGUGUUUGAUCCAACGUUACUGACAGUGGCGUUGCUUGAAUGCAAACAAGGAAAAGCUUGAAGUCGCCAACUGUGCGGAAGGGAUAAGGAGGAACCGUCAAAGUAGUCGUGUUUUCAACUUCAGGACACUUCAAGGUUGCUGUAAGCCUAUUUGGGAACAACAGAAAUCUUUCAAGAUAGAUAACUUGGCGGAGCAGUACGUUAGUUUAUUGUUUUUACGUGCGAGACUCACAAAGCUAGAGUUCGUGAUCUGUGCGCCUCUUCGAUUACAAGAUGAUCGGCUUCGGCGCGAAUCGACGUGGAGGUCGCCUCCCGUCCUUCAUCCUGAUUGUGUUAUUGGUGAUUAUUGUCAUUGUGUCGUUCAACUACUGGAGCGUGUCCACUAAACACGGGCGGCUGCUGGACGAGCUGGCCGAGAUGCAGACGCAGGUGAAGCGCACGGACGCGGCGCGCUCGCGCCUGGAGAAGAGAAACUCCGAGCUGAUGAUGCAGGUGGACACGCACCGGAAACAGAUCGACCAGAAGGACGGAGACAACAGCGUGCUGGAGAGUAAGCUGCAGGCCAGGGAUGUGCUGGUCAAAGCCUGCACCGAUGAGAAGAAUAAGAUGCAAAAUGAUGUCGGUGCCCAGAUGUCAGAGAUUCACAGACUGAAAGAGCAGGUAAAGGAGCUGAGGCAGGAGGUCAUCCGACAGGAAGACCAACUGAGGGAAGUGCGGAAAAACAGCACCCAUUUGGAAAAGAAGCUAGAAUAUGAGAGCUUGCAGUGUGGCCAACAAAUAGCCGAGCUGAAGGCAGAAUACGAAGAGAGCAAGAAAAGAGUAGAAGAAGAGGCAGCAAAACUCAGACAGAGUUUAUUAGAGAAUCGUAAAGUGGACACAGGGGGUCAGCAGGUGGAGAUGGAUCUUGAUCAAUCCAUCAAAAGAAAAGAGGAGGACGCUGCAGAGCACCACACAGUGGCUGCACGGCGAAAUGAUGGCCCACUUCUUAAAGAUGAUAUGGGUAAACCUGGUAGCGAUGCUGGAAUGCCUGGCAUUGAGGACAGUGAAGUAGGCAAGAUAGAAGACGCACAUUUUGCCCUAAAGAAGCCAGCCAUCACGCCGCAGAAACACAUGGAGCCCGCGGAAGCUGCAGCAUUGCUGAAGGAGGAGAGGGCAGGGUUUGGGGCUGGAGCUGGUGCUGGUGCCAGACCAGGGGAUGAUUUGGCCCGCGGAGAACCGCUGGAUCUACCGGACAUGCCCCAUGAUGAAAACCUGCAUUUGGGGAACAACGACAUACCUUUGCAGCAACAGCUUCCGAAGCCGGUGGCGGACAAACCCCUGCUGUUUGACAAAGAUAAGGCAGCCAUAAAGGCAGAUGAGUUUGGGGAGCAGCGCAGACAGCUGGGAGCUGAAGGUUUAAAGGCAGAGGGAGUUGGACUUCCUCCUCCUCCUAAACCAGCUCCGGGCCUUCCCAAACACAUUGACCAGCACAAGGCCAGGGACCUUGCGCCUGCUGACCUUCCACGUCAUCGUCAGAGCCGUUUCUUUGAUGAAAAUGAGUCCCCUGUAGAUCCGCAACACGGCAAUAAGCUGGCGGACUAUAACGGAGAUGAUGGCAACGUGGGUGAGUAUGAGGCGGACAAGCAGGCCGAGCUGGCCUACAAUGAGGAAGAGGAUGGUGAUGGUGGGGAGGAAGACGUCCAAGACGAUGAAGAUCGGGAAGCUCCAGGUGAAAGGGUUGUGGAUUAUGGAAAGCGACAUCAAGCCAUUGACGUCCUGUAGUGAAACCUCUCAAAAAUCCUUUACAUUGAGCUUUGGAUGCUUUUGACAGUGAAGUAGCCAAGCCAGGAAAAGGAACUUUGGAUUUCACCUGCAAUUUUGGUAUCAUGAUAGGAGACAUUCAGACUAUUCAAACUAUUUCAUUGUCUUCAGAGAGGAACGAGUUUCAGUGGUUUCGGCUGUGAAAUCAGUGAAUGCAAAGAAUUUAAAUCAACUUAAAUACGACAGUGAUUUCAUGAUCUGCUGCAAAUGUUUGCUUGCACAUGACAUACUUGGAGCAUAUUGUUUUCAUGUUGGUUUUUUUGCCCCCAUUUGUAGCACAGGUCUAUCCUAAAUGGGAUUUGGAACUAAUAUAUUAUACAAAUGUUUUUUUUUUUUUUUGGGGAUAAUAAAAUGGCUUCUCCAGGGACUGGGGGACACUACUGUGAAUAGAUAAUAGAGAAGUACUAUUUCUCUGUUAGAUUAACAUAGUGGAACAUAUUGAUACUACUGGUGUAAAGGACCUCUACAACACCAGGUUUCCCCCUUUUUUUCUCCUCUCUUUAUCUUUUUUGGAAAAUUGUUGCUAAAUCGAAGUAUAAACAAUGGGAAGUUGCUGUUCAACUUUUUAACAUCGCUCUGGCUCAUAAUGGCACCAAUUGGUCAGACGUGUUUGUUUUUUUUGUUUUUUACUACCGUUUCUUAUUCUGAAGGAGCACUCAAAAGUGCACAUGGAGUCUUGUAAGGACAUUGUUGCAUGCAAAAGGCAGCAUUUGUAAAUCAGCCAGUAGAUCAUCAAGAAAAUGGAAAAAAGCAAUACCCCAGACUAAACUCAUCACAGCUGUUGGCCUGCUUCCUUUCUUACUGGUAGCUGUACAGUACAUAUAAGGAGAAAUCUGAGUGUCAAUGAAUGCUGUAAAAUUGUUAAACUCUCAAAAGGACAUAAUGAUCAUAGACCUAACUGUUUAUGUUUGUUUCAUAACUAAGCAGAAUUUGGUAGGGUUGGCAUACUGAAUGUACUCUUAUAGCUUGUGAUUGUUUUUGAGAUCUGUCACAUGGAUGUUUGGGCUCUCUUACACAGCUGUGCAGUGCAAUCUAAGUAUAACAAUUAACAAAAUAUUCUAGAUUUCAAAUAAACUGGUCCUGUUUUGGGAAAAGUACAAAUCCUAUCACUGUGACUGAAAGGCACAAUAUGUAGUUUUUUUUUUAAUUCCCAAAAAACACUAGAACAGGCUUCUAUAUUUAGCUGACUUGUGUACUUCUAAUAUCCCAAAUGUUGUGAAGAAUGUUUAAAUCCAAAUUAUUUUAAAUAGUGACUCGUUCCUGGUCAUUGCGUCACCUGCCAAAUGACAUCAUGCAAACUUGAUUUCCGGUUUUGUUUUGUAGACAACAUGGAUCACCAAAGGCGCUUUAAUAAAACGCAAAACAUAAUAUAAUGGUGACGACCGCACAGAGGAGCAUUAUAACAUAACUUUCAAAUGUAUCUAGUAUGGUAUAAAAAAUAAAAAAAAAGUGUUGCUAUACCGGAAGAAGCGGGCGCCAUCGACUGUGGCAUAAUAAAAGCUCUGCUGCUUUUGAGCCAUGUGUCACGCUUAUCCCACAUUAACAGUUACUUCAGCGUCUUUGUUUCACUUUGGCGGCUUUCAGCCUCACCCUGCUUCUACUACGACGUUAAUACAUCUUUAUUACAUUAGCUCAUCCAUAACCAUGAGUUCUGCCCGAGUCCCGUCGGAUUGCAUCAGUUGUGGGGAUGAAGACAACAACUCCCAUGAUCCCACACUCAGUCACGGUGUCAUCAAACUACUUCUUUGUUUGUUUUGAAUUCGCGCCCUCUAGCGGCGACAUCUUACAUAUUGUGCCUUGAAGUCUAGAAAGUAGUAGCAUCAAGAAGAGCACCCAGAAAUAUUCAUUCAUUUGUCCCAGGCUGCUUUACAAACAUAAAUGAUUAUAUUACGGUAACAAUAAAAUGUUUCUUUUUUCUGUAAAGUA